UGACUGAAAAUAGCCAGUUGUAUGCAAAUAUAUGCCAGCAGAAAACAGGCAUCAGUGCGCCUUUGAAGUAUGUGAAAUGCAUUUUUCUUUGGCCCGCCGUGCGCGAACUACUUCUCACGUGAUCAUGUUUACCAAAAUGGCCGCCAGAGAAGUCUAGUCUUCUUGCAGCCCGGAAUAAUUUGUGUUAUUUUGGGUAUUUUGUGGUCGGUGUGUGUUUAAAACUAUGAGAAAAUGGUGAAAACUUAGAAAUAUCGGAAAGGAAGUUUCCGGUUGUCUCGGGCUAAGCGCCCACCCCCCGAACAAGGCGGGGGUGAACGACACCCUACCCCUUUAUGGAGAAAGCAGUUCCAUAAGAGGUGUCUGGUGUCUGGUUAUUGAAGUCUUAAGAUGGCUGCUACUCAAGCUGAUUAUCAAUGGGCAUACUCCAUCAUGGAUUCAUCGAGAGUAUCUACUUUCCUCAUAUCCAUACUAUUGAUAGUUUAUGGGAGCUUCAGGUCUCUAAAUAUGGAGCAGGAGGCACGGGAAAGGGAAAAGGAGAGAGAGAAAACAAUGGGCCUCACUGGUCUGGCUACUAACAAUUCAUCUGCUGAAAAUAAUUAUUUUGCAGGAGUGCAAACCCUGGAUACAAUGCAAGCAUUGUGUUUGCCACUUGGAGCCUCUGUCUCACUUCUUGUCAUGUUCUUCUUCUUUGACUCAAUGCAAAUGCUCUUUGCUAUUUGCACAGCAAUUAUUGCAACUGUAGCUUUGGCGUUUUUACUUUUACCAAUGUGUCAGUAUAUCAUCAGACCAUGUUCUGAUGGUAAUAAGAUAUCAUUUGGAGUGUGUGGACGCUUCACUGGCGCUGAAUUAUUAUCUUUCUCUUUAGCGCUAUUUAUAGUGUGCAUUUGGGUCUUGACUGGACAUUGGCUACUAAUGGAUGCUAUGGGCAUGGGCCUUUGUGUGGCUCUCAUUGCUUUUGUCAGGCUUCCCAGUUUGAAAGUGUCGACCCUUCUACUGACUGGUCUGCUCAUUUAUGAUGUCUUCUGGGUCUUCUUUUCAUCAUACAUUUUCAACACCAAUGUCAUGGUCAAGGUUGCAACUCGCCCAGCAGAAAAUCCUGUGGGUAUUGUUGCAAGAAAGCUUCAUCUUGGUGGUAUUGUGAAAGAAGCUCCCAAAUUAUCACUUCCGGGCAAGCUGGUUUUUCCAAGCUUACAGAAUUCAGGCCACUUUUCCAUGUUGGGACUAGGAGACAUUGUAAUGCCAGGUUUACUGCUAUGUUUUGUAUUGCGCUAUGAUGCUUAUAAAAAGUCCCAGCUAUUACAUUUGGGAGAAACUGGGCUUCCUCCCCCAAGGCAUCUGAGUAAAGUCAGUUAUUUCCAUUGCUCCCUGAUUGGAUACUUCCUGGGUUUAUUAACAGCUACGGUAUCUGCAGAAGUUUUCAAAGCUGCACAGCCCGCUCUUUUAUAUCUUGUUCCAUUUACUCUACUGCCAUUACUAACAAUGGCUUACCUGAAGGGUGACUUAAGACGAAUGUGGAGUGAACCUUUUAUUGUGCACUCACCCUCUAAGCACUUGGAAGUUUGACAUCAGAAGAAUCUCAUAUUAUAAGUUCAAGUGAAUCAUUUCCAUGAAAAGUAUGUGCUUAGAUCAGUGCAACAUUCAUCAUAGACAAACUCCACUCGCAGUUUCUGGACUCAUUGCAGAUAGGUGUGAACUUUCACCUAUAUUUUCAUCAUCAUGUCACCAUGCCCAUUCUAAUCAUCCAUUUCUAUAUAUUCAAAGUCAUCCUCUUAUAGUGCAAUUCAAUUGGUACAGUGAUUGUUCAUUGAUUAGGUGGGAUUUGUAUUAAUUAUAACUUCUGAAAAUUCUUAAUUCAAUAGUGAUCUGUGCUUUAGAUUUGGUGGAUAAGUUGACUAUUUACUUUUAAAAUUACAUUGUUUUCAAUGUCUGUUGAAGUACAUGAAUGGUUGCUAAUAAUUGAUUCAUUUUCUCAAGGUUGAUGUUAGCAGUCAUUGAUGUUCUGUUGGGUGUGCACUUGAUCUAGUGAUGUUACUGAAUGAAAAUUGUUCAAAAUAGUGUGGCAAAUUUUUCUGAAUUAGCAAGCACUAGUAAUCAUAAAAUGUUGGCAGUCUUAUGCCUGUUGGGUCUCGGCAAUGUGGUUUUUGCACUGUAUUCAUAUUGCAGAUCAGCAUAUGCCACCCACUGCUCCUGUGAUUUUUGGUGGGUCUCUUUAGACGCUCCGUACUCUUUAUUAUUAUAAUUAAUUAUCAUUAUUACCAGUUUUUUUUCUUUUUCUUUCUUUUUUUUGUUUGUUUUGUUAGAUUGUGAUGUGAUGUUUUUCGUUUUAAUGUAAAGUACUUUUACUUCUCUGUUGAACUCUGAAAGGUGGUGAAGGUCAGAAGAUUCUUUCAUUGUGUGAUAUGAUGGUUAAUUUUAUUUAGCGUGAGCAUUUAAGUAAAUACAAUUGUCACUCCAAAUGUGUCACUUAAGAAAAAAGGAAUAAUAGAGAAAAGGGGUUUUUAUGAUAACUGUACAAACCUCUUGCUUUCUGUUUAAAACUUUGCAUGAUUAACCAUGUGUUAUCUUUUUUCCCCGUCUGUCUUUUAAGAGCCUAUGAUUUUUAAGUUACCAUGCGAAACUUAUUUUUACAUUUUUAAAAUUUUAUUUCAAAAGUGCUACAACUCAAAUGUAAAAUCAUUUCAGUGUCCUGUUUUUAAUGUAAAAUUUCUUAUAGUUGCUAUGUGACUCAAAACUUAAUGCAGUAUUUAUUGAAACAUGACCAAACUGCUUAAAUUUAAAUGAUUUGUGUUUGUUACCAAGUGUGUUGUCUGUUUCACACUCAACAGGCGGUGCCGUUUUGUAGCCUGUGAGCAACAUUUCAGGCCUUGAAAUUCAGGUGUACAGAUGAUACAAUUUGUUUGCGCUUCCAUGUCCGAAAAAGUGUGAAAAGGAAGUAUGUGAGGCAUGUGCUCUUUGUCUAUCUUAACCAACUAUGUCAAGUGAUACUAACUUUUAAUGCUCAGUGGCUUGCUUAUUGAAUGUUUUAUAUGUGUAGAAGAAAAAGAUUGAUAUAAGAGUCCUUACGACCCUUUGUUUCUUUCCUUAAUUUCUGAAUGUGUUAGGAGGAAGGGGAAAGGGAGGCUUAUGGUCUCAUAAGUGUGCCCUGUUUGUAAAUUUUCUACUUAUAAGGUACCCCAUUGCAGCACCCUCUAGUAAUUGUCUAGUGCAGUCUUUAAUGUUAUGCUCUCCUGAAUGUUAGUGUCUAUGAAUGGAUUAAAGAGAAUGUGUGCACAAACAAAUGUGGACAUCACUUGGGCAAUGCUUUUUAUGGUCAGACCUCUGAGCUAGUGUUAGAAUUUAUAUUAAAGAUCAACUUAUUGUUUGAAAUCAAAGCCAUUCAUUCAUCUCUAUGACAUUGCAAAGAGGUGACAGCAUUUUAGCAUCCAAGUUGUGUUACAUGAUAACACUAGUGCGUGUUUUUAUUUAAGUUUUUAUUUAAUAAUGUGAUGGUAGUAUGUAAAUUGGGAAUCUCAAACUGCUUAAUACUGAUGCGCUUUGUUCAAAGAUAAGAGACCAAAAUGACUGUUUCACUUUUCCUUAUUUGUUUGUUUAUGUUCGUUAAUCUGAUCUAGCUGACAGAAUACUAUGCCCCCUCCUCCUCUAAUUAGCAUCUGCAGCUCAGUCUCUGACUCCAAGUUUCACUUAUCUAAUGUCUUACAUUAACUCAUGACGCCCUCACCCUCAUUUAAAGGCUUGAAUAUGCAAAAAAAAAAAAUCGAUAUUAGCUGGAGGAAACAUUACAAGUGCUCAAAGGGACCAAGACUUCGCAUUGGUUCAUGUACGGGUGCAACUUUUUUCCUUCUUUAUGUUCUUCCAUGUUAACAUUUUCAUUUUAUUAGUUUGGUGCUAAAUGUGACAGUUAGAUAUGUGCAAUGUGUAUACACACAAUAUUCUUGGUGUAAUGAGAAUGUUCAAAAGUAAUCUUGCUCUGCAUUCACAAAUGCAUUUUUCACUGAUGCAUAGUGUGCCAAAAUUUGGAAUGUGACUGAGUUUAUUUCUUGGCAUAAAUGUAAGGAGUCAGCAAAUAGUCUUGCCUGGUAACCUCAUUCAUGAAAUAGAAAAUUGUGUAACAUCAGAAAUGAAAAUACAAAACACUGCCCAUUAGAAAGCUUUAAAACUAAAAUAUUGCUAUGCGGCAUUGGCUUAUCUUUCUUCAUCAAUGACUACAUUAAAAGCAAACCUUUAUUUGACUUUACUGCUGUGAUCAGUAAUGAUAAAAGUACAUGAUUGUAACUUAAAUGUACAAAAUUUUCUCUUGAUGUUCCUUAAGCACUUGAAUCUUUUUCUUAAGCCAACUUUUAUGCUUGGAAUGAUGGUGCUUUUGUAAAUCCUUUGCAACAAAUGUUUCAGAACUGGUUAAUGUUAUUUUAAAAUGCCAAUUGUUGGUUUUCAAUGCACAAAGCAGUCAUCUUUCUUGUGCAUACAACUAGUAAAAAGAUUCUCAUGUUCAUCAACAUUGAACAUUCUGUAGAAUCACAGUAUUUGUUUUGUUAAUACAGAUCCAUUUAUUGUUACCUUUGCUUACAUCAUGGUGCAAGUGUUGCUGAAUACAUCUUUGAUUAUCCAUUUCAGUAUUAUGUCAAUUACAUAUUGUCAUUGAAACAUCAGUAAUGUGUAAAUCGCUUUAUGAGUUUUCAAAAGCUAAUAUUAAAGAAAGCAACAACACCAUACUAUCUUCACACGGGAAAACGAAGCUUGUUGCUUUGGUAGCAGUUCUGUGUAUCAUUAUUCUUACUGAAGCCAUAUCAUUGAUGGAAACUGUUUCAUUAUUGUACUGAUUUGUUUUUUGAUUGGGGCAAAUGCCAGAAUUCACUAGGUUAGGGAGACAAAUUUUUAUUACUCUAUCCAAUACAUCACAAUUUUGCACUGUGCUAUCCACUUCUUUUGUAAUGAAAAUGCGUAAAUUUAGUAGAUUUAGAGAGUGAAUCUGUGUAAUAUUUACACUUGUGAUGUCAAGUUUGAACUUUCUGUGGGGGGAAUGAUGUGUGGUUGUGAAAAUGGAAACAAAGACUAUAUACUUAUGUACUAGGUCAGUAGCUGUGUUGUUCCUUUCAUUAUUUCUUCUAAUUGCUGCUGAUUUGAUGACUUGACCCCACCACCUCUCGACGCAUUCUACUUUUUGUUUAUCUAGCCUCCCCUCCCCGUUUUUUUCUUCCCUAUUUGUACAGAUAUUUUAUGUUGCAAUUUAUUUGUAGUGAUAUAUUUGUAAAUAAAUCUCAGAAUUCGUA